AUGCCUCCAAGUCAGCGUGUUACUCGCUCCGCUGCUGCGAGGCUCUCCGCCGACGGCGACAGCAUAAGUAACCAGCAGCAAUCGCCCACCACCACCGCGGCCGGCUCACCACCCGCUUCCACCACCACCUCCUCAUCCUCCACCAAACGCAAGCGCAAGGCCGCCCCGCAGCCAUCACCGCCAGCGACAGAACGCAAGACUAAGCGUCCACGAGGCAGCAACGCCGCAGCCACCAACCCCGACGCCGACCAGGAGCAGCCAGAACCAGUCGAGGCUCCGAAGAGAGGCAAGAAGAGAGCGGCAUCCGCCGCUAUGUCAAGUGCUGGGUCUGCAGGUCCGUCGCAGAAGAACUGCGAGCGGAAGACUGACAUGGACAGGCCAUCUUCCGACAACACAUCCGCGGAGACGUCACCACAGCAGGCUCCACGCGACUCGUCACGGCGCAAGUCGAGCCGCCGCAAGUCGAAAGAAGAUCCUACCGCAUCCACAUCUGGAGCAUCAUCGAGGAAGUCACGCAAGGGCUCGCGAAAAGAUCAAGAUGUGGUCAUGAAGGACGUUGAUGAGAAGGGCAAGGAGCCGAAGGAAGAUGCAGACGACGAUGAGGAGCAAUCACGACAAGACGCAGGCACCGGAGCUGAAGGCAGCGAGGAACCCUCUCGGAGACAGAUACAAGAUGAGAUCGAUGCCAUGGAGCGGGGAGAGGAUCCAUUCGCUACGGGUUAUCUCUCUCGCUUUGCUGGCCACCAUGGUCUGUCUAGCAGUCUGCGAGCAUUGAGUGGCAUCGUGUCAGGUACCAACAGCCGUCUGCGUGGCCUGCUGGAACGACUUCGAGCCAAGGAUGAUCCGUCGAUGCAGCUUAUUGCGCUACAAGACUUGUCAGAGCUACUUCUGGUCUCGAACGAAGAUAACCUCGCCGGCCACUUUGCACCAGAUCAGUACGUCAAGGAGCUGGUGACACUGAUGCAGCCCAACGACUUCACUGGCGAGGAGAAUCCGGAGGUCAUGCUGCUUGCAUGCCGCUGCAUUGCCAACAUGAUGGAGGCUCUGCCUGCUGCGACUGCGAGUGUGGUUUAUGGCAGAGCUGUGCCCAUUCUCUGCCAGAAACUGCUCGAGAUCCACUACAUCGAUCUGGCCGAGCAAGCCCUCAGCACACUGGAGAAGAUAUCAGUCGAGUUUCCAUCGUCGAUUGUCAGAGAAGGAGGCCUGACAGCUUGCCUGACAUAUCUUGACUUCUUCGCCACCGGCACUCAGCGUACGGCAGUCACCACAGCCGCCAACUGCUGCCGCAAUAUUCCGGAAGAUUCAUUCCCGACAGUUCGCGAUGUGAUGCCUAUCCUCCUUGGUACACUUUCGAGCAGCGAUCAACGCGUGGUGGAGCAGGCAUCGCUCUGCGUGGCUAGAAUUAUCGACAGCUUCAAAUACCAUGAAGGCAAGCUUGAAGAACUGAUCAGCCCAGAGCUGCUUCGCGCAAUUCUGCGACUUCUGCUGCCAGGCUCGACCAACAUGAUCGGACCAAACAUCCACACGCAAUUCCUUCGUGUUCUCUCCAUCACUGCUCGUGCCAGUCCACGACUUUCCGUUGAGCUGUUCAAGAUGAAUGUCGUUGACACACUCUACCAAAUCCUGACUGGUGUCUCACCGCCAGCUGGCACUGAUGGUGUCGCCGCAAAGAUCGACAAGAAUGUCAUCAUGCAGUCGAUCAUCCGCACCCCACGCGAGCAAAUCUUCGAGACACUCAAUGUCGUCUGCGAGCUACUUCCUACAGUAUCGCCAGAGAACUUGACAUUCCUUGAUGACUUACAAGAUGCCGGCUACACAGGAUCAGAGUCGGUCUCGAUGUCUACUCGCUCGAAGACUUCACCCAACGACAAGAGAGUCGAGCUUCUCAAGGAGUGCACCGAAGAGGUCAAGCGCUUCGCAGUCAUCCUCUUCCCUACUCUGAUGCAUGCGUACACCAGCACGGUGAACCUCAGUGUACGGCAGAAGGUCUUGACUGCACAGCUGAAGAUGCUGUCCAACCUGGAGACCGGCAUCCUCGAGGAGGCUCUACAAGGUGUCACGUACGCUUCCCAUCUCGCGGGCAUAUUGACUCAGCAAGAGAACUCUUCCUUGGUGACAUACGCACUGCAAGCCGCCGAGCUGCUCUUGAAGCGCCUGGAAUUGGUCUAUCGUCCACAGUUUUACAGAGAAGGUGUCAUUGCCGAGGUCACGAAACUCGCCGACCGUCCCAUGGCACCUGGGCCCACGCCAGCUGAUCUGUCCCAGCCAGCCCCAGACCUGCUUCCUCCGCCACCACCUGAGGUUGACGAACAGCCUGGUGAUAUCGACCAAGACGAGGAAGAUGAUGAACAGCAAGCUAUCGAGGUUGACGUAGCAGGCGAGGCGACCGACGAGGAUGACAAUGCGCAAGACGAGAACGAGCCGCACGAAGACAACGAGAACGAUGAGGAUGACGAAGAUGAUGAGGAUCGUGAAGCCCAGAGAGUGCACUCCGAUGACUCGGAACUUCCGCCAACAAGACAUCGUCGCAUCCCCAACCUGCAGGACAUCAUCACACUUCGCUCCAAGCGCUUCAUGGAAGCACAUGGUGAUGAAGGUAGUGAGGAGAUGCGAAGCAAGGCGACAAAAGUGCUCGAUGACAUCAAGUCUGUCUCCAGCAAGCUCCAGUCCUGCUACAAUUCGGCAGACAAGCAGGGCGGGCUCUCCCUGUACAGGCAGCUGGCAAGAUACUUCCGUGGUGAUGCACUCGAGGGCAUUACGAGCUACGAGCUGCUCACGUCCGGCAUUGUGGACACACUCCUCGAGCUAUUCGCGUCUGAAGAUGAGGAUGUUUCACAGAGUGCACAAGCAGACUUCCUGGAAGCAUUCAUGGGCACUUCCAUUGAUACCAACCUUGCAACCGGCGCAUCAGAAUCGCCUUCAACGGCGUUCAGUAUCCUCAUUUACAAACUGCAGGAGCUGCUUAGCCGUGCUGAGCACUUUGAGGUGAUCACAGUUCACCACAACGCUUUCGAGAGCAACAGAGGCAGCGCCGCGUCCAUGCUAGCGAAGCAGCUUCGCCUGAAGCUGGUGGCCGGCGAGGAGUCUGGUAUUCCCCGUGCUUAUCGCAACAUCAUGGUCUCGAUUCACGCCAUUGCUACCUUCAAAGCACUUGAUGACUAUCUCCGGCCACGCAUCAGUCUUUCGGAGCGUCCACGUGGCGCUCGCCGUGAGGGAGGCAUCUCUAGUGCGAUGGCGGCGUAUGCAGCGGCAAUGGCAGGCCGUGGAGACAGAUCUGCACCGCCGAUACCAUCACUGCCUUCUUUGGGCCGCUCUCUUCCUGCUCGCCCAUCGAACAAGUUGCCGCCACGCACGAAGUCAUCAAAAUCAGAUUCAAAUGGCGAGGCUAGUAAGCCAGAAGACGCUGCAGCUCGUUCGCUCCGUCGCUCGACACGAAGACAAUCCGGCCAGCCAUCGGCUGCUCCUGACGCGGAACCCGACGCUCCAACGGAAGACAAGAACGACUUGCAGGAGGCUCUCGAGGCUGCAGACGAGGCGCACAUCUCAGAUGAGGAUGAUGACGACGAUGUAGAUGCGGAUCUCGAUGCUCUCGUUGACGACCUCGAAGAGGGCGGGCUGGAGCAAGAUGUCGCUGAUCCUGGUGCUGUGAACAUUGAGGCUGCGGGCACUGGUAAGGUCACUGCCCGAACAGAAGAUGGCGCACGCGUAAGCACACCUACAGCACAAGGUGUACCGACACCGACUGGCAGAGACAGAAUGUCGGCAAUCGCCAGACUCGCCGCUGCUCGAGAGAUGCUUUCCACGCCAACAUCAUCUCGACCUGGAAUGUCUUAUGCUUCAGCACUUCAGGCGACUCCACAAGAUUGGCACAUCGAAUUCAGUGUCAAUGGUCAGCCAAUCUCCAGCGAGACCACCAUCUACCGUGCUUGCCACUUCAACCAAGCUCAAGGUGACGAGUUAUCAGCACGCAACAUCUGGUCUGCUACGCACAGCAUCUCUUUCAAGCGUGUCUCUGGACCACCUCCCGCUGAUCGGGCGACACCUACCGUAACGACUACGGCUUCCAGUAGCACCGACCUCCCACCAUCGCUCGACAAUCACCCGGUGACUUCCAGCAUUCUGCGACUUAUGAGCAUACUGCACGAGCUCAACGCCAACCCAGACGACGUUGUGCACGACGCAAAGAGCGCGGUGAAGCUCAACGCUGAGCCGCAAUCUCAAUUUGUCAACACAAAGCUCACCGCUAAGCUCAACCGCCAGCUGGAAGAACCCCUCAUUGUUGCUAGCCAGUGUCUGCCCAGCUGGAGUGAGGACCUGGCCCGUCUAUAUCCUUUCCUGUUUCCCUUCGAGACACGCCACCUCUUCUUGCAGUCAACAUCGUUUGGCUACAGCCGGCUCAUGUCUCGUUGGCAGAGCAGCCAAUCCGAGAGUGAGUCUCGUCGCCACCGCGAUGAUCGGCCAUUCCUUGGCAGAAUGCAGCGUCAAAAGGUCAGAAUAUCUCGCGGCCGUAUUUUGGAGUCUGCUCUCAAAGUCAUGGAGCUCUAUGGGUCGUCCUCGAGUAUGCUGGAAGUGGAAUACUUUGAGGAAGUCGGCACUGGUCUUGGACCUACCCUGGAGUUCUACUCGACCGUGUCGAAGGAGUUUUCCAAGAAGAAGACGAAGCUUUGGCGUGAGAAUGAGUCGUUCGAGAACGACGAGUUUGCGUUCGGCAAGCGUGGCCUGUUCCCAGCGCCCAUGAACGAGGAGACUUCGCGCAACGAGAACGGCCAGCGCGUCUUGCACCUCUUCAAGAUGCUUGGCAAGUUCGUCGCUCGUUCAAUGCUCGACUCACGCAUCAUCGAUAUCUCUUUCAACCCGACCUUCUUCCGCAUUGGAGACUCCACCGCUGUGGCACCUUCCCUUGGCGCCGUCGCAACGGUUGACGAAGACCUUGCCAAGUCGCUGAAGAUGCUGAAGAAGUACGCCACUACCAAGCAGCGCAUUGAUGAAGACAUUCAAUUGUCUGCAGCCCAGAAGCUUCAGAAGACUCAGCAGAUUCGCGUCAAUGACGCCAAAGUCGAGGACCUCGGUCUCGGAUUCACGCUGCCAGGUUAUCCUGACAUCGAACUUCUGCCACACGGAUCGACCAUCGAUGUGACUAUCGACAAUGUGGAUCUGUACAUCAAGAAGGUCAUUGACUUCACCUUGGGAGCCGGUAUCGAGAAGCAAGUUGAAGCCUUCCGGGCUGGCUUCUCGCAAGUCUUUCCCUACUCGGCUACAAAGGCCUUUACACCAGAUGAGCUCGUCAUGCUCUUCGGUCGUGUUGACGAGGACUGGUCGUUGGAGACUCUGAUGGACUCUAUCAAGGCCGAUCACGGUUUCAACCUGGACAGUAAGAGCGUGCGCAACUUGCUGCAGUUCAUGUCCGAGCUGCCAGCACCGACCCGUCGUGACUUCCUGCAAUUCAUCACGGGUAGUCCGAAGCUGCCUAUUGGAGGCUUCAAAGCUCUUACGCCCAUGUUCACCGUCGUCUGCAAGCCAAGCGAACCACCAUACACAUCCGACGACUACCUCCCCAGCGUCAUGACUUGCGUCAAUUACCUCAAGAUGCCAGACUACAGCUCGCUGGAUAUACUCAAGGAGAAGCUGAACGUUGCGAUCAAGGAAGGCCAGGGUGCUUUCCAUCUUUCCUAG